UACAACUUCGUUAACUUAAAGCCAGAUAAAAUACCGACUGAAUUUAUCCUUUGUGGAAACAUUCAUUAUGAAAACAACUCCCUGUAAGAUCUUAUACAAAACAGUAUUUGUGUCCUGAAAUCUGCGCAAACUGUCCCCAUGGCUUGGUGCCAAGGCUUUAGGCCUAAGCAAAUAUUGAACCAGCCACUAAACACCAUCCGUGUUUACCUGGUCGCCUGGAAUGGCAGGCUUGUCACAAAAGGCUCACUCAAGCGAAUCGCUCGAACACAACUCUCAAGGCCGGGCGGCCAUGAUAGAUGUAUCGAUCCGGUUUGUCAACUACACAGUCAAACUACACGUCAGCAGGCUUCAAAAAUCCAGACAGUUCAUCUUCUAUGCUAAAGCUGAUGUCGAAAGCGACCAUACGAGAAUUUCUAGGAAGUCUCUUGGGCAGGUAACCUCUCCUGCACUAAAAGUGACAAAGGAUUUGAUGCUGGACGAAAACACCAUUUACAACGCCAAACAAACAGCGCAUCUAAAUCUUCUCUACAACUUGGCAUCAGCUGGAUCUGGCGGUUUGGCCGGAUGUUUUACGACAUCAUUACACACAUGAGAUCAUUGUUCAAGGCCUUCCUCCAUUACGGAACUAGCAUCUGAAAGACUUCGUGUCAAUCGAAAACAGCUAGGAAGAUCCCCUUCUGAAUGACUUCAACUUCAAAAUCGCAGUUGCACGUGAAAGUUGAUCGACAGGAUGUGAUAUACAGGAUUUUUUUCAACAUAACUCUGCGUGGUCCUUUUCUCGUUGGGUAGGCCUACUAAGCAGUGACCGUCGAUCUUAAUCAUACAUGAUUAUGGAGGUGCAUAACAACAGGCGGAUAGCUGGACCACUGUAGUUCACGAAAUGGUGCAAACGACAGUCUGGACUUAGCUCUGUAUGGACACUCGCCGUAAGUUGCUAGCCAUCAUGGGUUUGAUGAUGUCGAAUACGCGUGGCCUGAGACUGGGGGCGUUUGUUACUCUAUCAAUCGCUUGGGCUUCUGGAUUGAUUUCGGGAGAAAUCAACACAGACCAGAAUUCAAUCAGAUUGGUCAACGGGUCGACAGUCUAUCAAGGGCGAGUGGAGAUUUACCGGAACGACACGUGGGGUCGAAUCUGCGACUCCGGGUGGGGCAUGGACGACGCGUACGUGGCGUGCCGGCAACUCGGCUACGGUACGGCCAAGAACGCCACGGGUGGGACUAGUUUCCCUCCAGGCGGCGGUCUCUACUGGAUGGACCGGGUUGCGUGUGACGGCGAGGAGGAGAGCCUAGCUAAGUGUUCAUUCGACGGGUGGGGAGUGAUCUCUGGCUGUCCGCUCAGAGACACCGCUGCGGGUGUCGUCUGCCAGGCCUAUGAACCGACAGAUGCAGUCACCAUCCGUUUAGAAGGCAGCUCCAACUCCUACGAGGGGCGUGUUCAGGUCUUCUACAGUGGGGCGUGGGGCACGAUAUGUAGCGACCACUGGGGGCUGGCCGAGGCCAACGUGGCGUGUGGACAGCUUGGCUUCGAUGGUGUACAGGUGGCCACCGACGCCAAGACUUUGUUUGGUGCGGACUUGACCAGCCCCAUGUACUUAUCAGGACUAAGAUGUCAGGGCAUUGAGACUAAUCUAGCCCAGUGCGCCCGAGACAGCUGGUUGGACGACAAGUGCAGCAGUCAGGACUGCGACGCAGGCGUAGUCUGCAUUUCCGAAGACACACCAGCGGACGGAGACCUCCGCCUUACCGGGGGCAGCACGGCAUCGGCCGGCCGGCUAGAGAUCUACCAUCUCGGUGUCUGGGGCACCGUGUGUGACGACGAUUGGACAGAGAAUGCAGCCACGGUAGCCUGCAGGGAGUUGGGGUACAACGGGGUUGAAUUUGCGUUGGACCACACUGAUUACGGCAGACACACGGGUACCAUUCACCUAGACAACGUCCACUGCACGGGUCGCGAGUCCCGUCUCACGUACUGUUCGCACAACGGGUGGGGAGAACAUAACUGUGUCCACUCGGAAGAUGUGACGCUGAGAUGUGCCGAUGAAAGCCCCGAUCCGGCGCCUCCAUCAACAGGCACCAUUAGUUUGCCCAUGAGUUCAAUCAUAGGAAUCAUCAUAGCGUGUAGUGUGAUCGUCUCCUGCGCUUUGAUGAUCGUCCGCUAUCUCCACUACCGGCAAAAGAUUUCGCUGACGGCGAAUCGGAACAACAGGGUCCGAGCUCUGAGCCGGCCAGAUUCGGCGAACUCGUUCCGCUACCCGAUACGGGGCAGCUCCGGUUUGUUCUUGGUCAACGGGAUGCGUGUCGACCCGACCUUGCCACCGCACGGCCUGGAGCCGCCGGACUACAGCAGCAGUCCCUGGAAGCCGCCCGAACUCCCCCAGGAGCCGCCGCCGUCUUACGAGGCCACGGUGGCCCAUUAUCCGGAAGCUCGCACGGAUGGCGUGUCGUCGCCGGUGGCACCGGAUUACGACGCGACGCUCCUGCCGAACGCAGUCGACUUUGGACAGCAGCCCAGCCCGUAUCAACGGCGCCAUGGUCUCGGGGAAUCAGUGUCCUCGUUUGAACCGACGAGUACACCUCCCAGCAGUCCCAUGCCUCCCGUGGAUUAAUUCUGUCUUUCAUACCGUUCAAACUCUAUCGUGCCAGACACCUACCAAAGUCUUUGAGCAAAACUUUCAAGGAGCAUGUCAAGUCCCACGCAAAAGUAACAGUGGCUUGGCUCCAAUUUUCUCUCCCCUAAAAACCUCCAGGCGAAUAAAGAGAAGAAUCUGGAAAUGUGGAAGUGGGUUUCAGUUUUUGAGAUAUUUGUGACACAUACAAGCUGUGUCUUGGUACUCUACACAAAUCUGAGGUACAAUGUGCUGACGUUACUGGACAAUCUCCGGGACAAUCUCCGGGACAAUCUCCCGGACAAUCUCCUGGACAAUCUCCCGGACAAUCUCCUGAACGUACUCUAAUUAUUGUGUGCUUACGUGCCCUCCCGAACUUAAAUGGUUUUUAAACACUUCAGAUUUUUAAAGCCUGGUUUUGAUAGUAAUGUCAAAGUUAGCGAUGUUUAAACUUCUUUUCUUUGUAAAACAAUGAUUCUAAAGAACUAUGCAAACUCCUUCCGUCUAACGGUGUUGCUGAGAAUAAUAGAAGUGUGGUUGAUUUUAAUUUUGAAAGAGUAACCUAUUUCUAAAUUCCAUCUACUGACAACUUUCCGUCCAGUGACAUAUUUGACAAAAUUAGGAUCUGAAAAGUAAGUAUUCUUUUAAUAUUAAAGCAAUUUCAGUUGAGCAAGUAA